AUGUCUCGAAUGCUCGCCCGCGCUCUCCCUCUCGCAUCCAAAUCUCCUCCAAUCACAGCCGUCCAUUCACGCUCCUUCUGCCCUUCUCCGGCCUUCUCUCCAUGUUCAUCCAUCUCCCACCGUAGCUUCCACGUGUCCUCCCAAAAUCCGAACCAUCACAGGACGCUCGCGGGAAUUUUCUUCCGGAAGUUGACGCGGAGGAGGGCAGCAGCGAAGAAGCAGUCCUCCAAGGAGAAGCAGUUAGAGCUCAAUGUCAGCAUCUGCAUUGAAGAAGAAAUGCCCGACGAUCCCGAAGUUCUGAACAUUGCAGAAAUACUUCGAUUAAAUGUUCCCAUGGCCAUGAAGAUCACAUUCGAUGGUCUGAAAGAUUCAGAGUACAAAACAAGAGAUACUUCAAUAGAUGAUGUUGGUAAAUUUGAAAAGGUCGAGCUAUCUGUACUGCUUUGUAAUGAUGAUUUUAUUCGGAAGCUCAAUAAAGAUUGGAGAGAUGAAGAUCAUGCUACGGAUGUUCUCUCCAUGUCACAGCAUGUUCCUGAACUUCAGCUUCCCAUUCUUAUGUUAGGCGACAUUGUAAUUUCUGUUGAGACUGCUGCAAGACAAGCAAAGGAGAGAGGGCAUACUCUUCUUGUUGAGAUACCCAUCCUCAUGGUUGGGUCAGCAGUCUUUUUGACAUGGUUAUCAUGUGUUGUCAUAAUAACUAUUAUUUGCAGCAUUUUUCACAUUUAUUCAACUUGUAGUCUGCUAUAUUAGCUUAUUUUGCAGCCCUCUUUUUGUACUGUUGGGAUGCCUCUUUCUUCCAUGCCUAUCGAGUUUCCAUAGGGUUGUCCACAUUUUUA